AUGUUUACCUUUGUAAAGCAGCAGCAGCAGCAGCAGCAGCGGCUGCUGCUGCUGCAGCAGCUGCCCUCCCGGCUAAGCCCCCACUGCCUGGGGGCCCUCCUGCGGCAGCUUUGCGAGGCCCAGGGGCCCCCCGUCUUUGAGGCCCCCCUUCUUUUUGCUGCUUGCUGGGCAGCACAAAACCCUUCAGCGGUACGGGAGCAGCAGCAGCAGCAGCAGCAGCAAGAGCAGCAGCAGCAAGAGCAGCAAGAGCAGCAAGAGCAGCAAGAGCAGCAAGAGCAGCAGCAGCAACCGGAGCAGCAACCGCAGCAACAGCAGCAGCAGCAGCAAAAGGAGCAGCAAUAG